AUGACAUGCAAUUUGCCAUCACUAUCGAGGCAAAGAGUGGCGAUAGCCAGGUUGAAGCAUCCAGCCAACAUGGGCUCCACCUCCCAAGAAGUUCGGCUCUUCGCUCUCGUCCUCUGUCCCAGCAAAGAAUGCUAUCAGGCAGCACCUGUGCAGCAAUGUUACUUUUGCCCCAUGAAAGGGACGAAGAACUCGCUGGAGACCGGGAGGACCUUUUCCACACUCUUGGCAGACCUGGAAUUCCGACAGAAACUUCUCGAAGCUCAUUCAGAAGAUGAAUUCAAGCAGCUGUUAUCGAAACAGGCUCAGAUCCUGGCCGACGAGCAGAACAGCGUCGAGAAACGACUCUUGGAGAACCAUGUCGAUUCCACAGAUGCUGAUCACCCGAAGGAGAGAUGGUGCCAGUUCGGGAAGGACAUAAUGGAUGACCUGUGUCGACGGCUGCCCCUUUACAUCAGCGAUUACACGGAUGGCUUGUCCGGCUCGAAGACGAUUCAGAAAGUGAUAUCUUCUACCCUUUUCCUCUAUUUCGCCUGCAUCCUCCCUGCCAUCGCUUUUGGAGUCCUCAAUAGCCAAAACACUCAUGGCUUAAUUAAUGUGAAGCGCGUGAUAAUAGGACAAACGAUCGGAGGAUUGACGUUCGUAAUUUUAAGCGGACAGCCUCUCACGAUCCUCCUUACGACGGCGCCCCUUUCCAUCUACAUUAAAAUCAUAUACAACGUCUGCGAGGAUUUCCAACUCGAUUUCUUCGCAAUGUACUGCUGUGUGGGUCUGUGGAACGCAUUCUUCCUCAUAUGCUACUCCCUUUUCGGAGUGAGUCGCCUGAUGAGGUGGAGCACGCGAUCCACCGAGGAGAUCUUUGCACUCUUCAUCUCCGUCGCCUUCUGUGUUGACGUCACACGAGACGUCAUCAAAGAUUUCGCCAACAACUACUAUUCCCCGGGAUGCAUGGCGACCGGACUGGUGUUAUUGAAUGAGAGUGAGCCGUUGAUCGGACCCUAUUCGCUGCAGGACUUCUCUCCAGAUGCCUUUGAUUAUUUGAGUGCCAACUCCUCUCCCGCACUCCCAGAGCAGUCCUUCGAGGGGUGUCGACGAGAGAGCUCCAUUCUUUUCCUCUUCCUUAUGCUUGGGACCCUCUGGUUAGGUGUAUUCCUUUACAACUUCAAUAAAACGAUGUCCAUUGUGAGUUUGAUCAUGGGCGGAUCGAUUUUCUCGCCUCUUACUGCUCGUACACGAGCGUUCAUCGUCAUCAAUGUUGAAAAACUUCUUCAUACAGUGGAACGUUUCAAAUACGACGACACGAGAGUGUUCAACAUGGCGGCGUUGGAAAAGCUAUCAGUGGAAGCCAUCUUCGCAGGCAUGGGCCUCGGCUUCUCCCUUUCCUUGCUCUUCUUCAUGGAUCAGAACAUCUCAUCCGCCAUGGUCAAUAACCCCUGCAAUAAAUUGAAGAAGGGACCGGGGUACCACUUGGACUUGUUCGUCGUGGCCGUGUUGAAUGCAUUCUUGUCCAUAUUUGGGCUUCCCUGGGUGCACGGAGCCAUCCCCCAUUCUCCUCUUCAUGUCAGGAGCCUGGCCGACGUCGAGGAGCGUGUCGACCAGGGACACGUCCAUGAAAUGUACUCUGUCGCUUUCUUGUCUCUGAGGCUUUUAUCUCUCCAGUGGGUCCACGUCGUGACGGUGCGAGAGACGCGACUGACGGGAAUGUUCGCUCACGUCCUCAUCGGGCUUUCCAUUCUCAUGCUUCCCCUACCGUUGGCCUACAUCCCGACGGCCGUCCUCGACGGGCUUUUCCUUUACAUGGCCGUCACUGCUCUCAACGGGAAUCAGAUGUUCGAGAGGAUUACACUUCUCUUCACGGAACAGCAUACGAAAAAGAAAAAUGAAUGGAGCGGGGGAGGAGGGGAGGAAACUGCAUCUCUUAUCGAACCAAAAUCUCGCAUCUUCAAAAAGCGAAGACAUUCAGUGUUCUACUUCAACCCUGAGGAGUUGGAGCUUCAAAUUUCCUGGACAGACACGGUUGAUGGGUGCGAAGCCUGCCCAAGUUCGUUCCUCGAGGCGGCGUAUCCUCCGAAUCAUUACAUCCGAAGAGUGCCACAGAGGAAGAUUCAUCAGUUCACGGCGUGUCAGGUGCUUCAACUAUUGUUUAUGUGCGUCGUUGGCUUCUAUCCAUGGCCAUAUGUCAAAAUGGUCUUCCCCAUCCUCCUCCUCGUUCUCAUGCCCUUGAGGCAUAAGGUGAUCCCGAAACUGAUCGAGAAGAAAUUCCUAGAUGCACUGGAUGCGCAGCAUCAGUAA